AUGGCUUCCGAUACCAAUUCACCCUCGGCUUUACUACUUCUUCCCCCACCUCCAGCCUUUUCUUAUAACCAAGUCAAAGAUGCCUUUGAGUCAUCCUUAGUGAAUGUCCUCACUAAGCUCUCAAAUGCUUUGGUUGGAUCCAACCGUACAGCUUUGCUGGAUAUUGCUCUCGCCAUUCCAGAUCUUCUUUCCCCGAGCUGCCAACCUCGGGCCAAAGUGUUUGCACAACUCCAACAUUACCUGACCAGCGUCUAUACCCUGGUUGUUGCUGUCUGUGCAACACACAACAUUGAAUUGGAUUCUCCAGGUGGCAUUGAUACCCGGGUGGUAUUUAUCGAUGCAAGUGAGAACACCUCAGCUACCCAGGGCUCCGAUGGCUCUCGCUUUGGACCCAUUCUGGACAUCCAAUCACUAGCAAAUUCAAAGCGCCAUUGGAAUUAUGUUUUUUACAUGUCCAACAAAACUGGCCAAACUUUGGCUGAUUCCUUCUCCAACAGUGUUGGGAACCAGACUCGGGACGGCACAGCGGCAAGCAUGCAAGCCAUCACAAGCAGGCCUGACUGGGCGAUGCCUGACCGCCUGUUAAUUCCUGACGACCAACAUUCAUCCACUCCACACUAUUCGGUGGUCGUUGGUGGCACAUUUGAUCACCUUCAUGUUGGUCACAAACUUCUGCUCACAGCAGUUGCAUUGGUCCUGGAACCGCUGGACCGGGAGCACGAGGGCCGUCUGACCAUCGGCGUGACCGGGGAUGCGCUGUUGGUGAAUAAAAAAUAUGCCGAAUUUCUUGAGAGCUGGGAAGCGCGUUGGCAAAGUACUGCAGCUUUUCUGGCAGCCAUUAUGGAUUUCUCGCCCGGGAAGAAGUCACCGUGUAUUGAACGUGCUUUUGCGCCAAGUCCCAAUGGCAAGACUGUCCUCGUAAGGAUCCAACCCAACCUAGCAUUUGAAUUUGUGGAGAUCUCUGAUCCAUUUGGGCCCACGAUUACUGAGGAGAACCUUGGAGCAAUUGUAGUCUCGAAGGAGACACAUUCAGGAGGGGCAGCGGUCAAUGAAGAACGGGUGAAGAAAGGUUGGAAAGGCCUGGCCGUAUUCGAGGUGGAUGUACUCCAGUCUGGAGAAAUAACCACGUCCACUGAUGUCGAGGGCUUCGAGUCCAAAAUCAGCAGCACGGAUAUCAGACGGCGCCGAGCCCAUCUCGCGAAGGUUUGA